GUUUGCGCUGAGUGUACACCGUCUGCGGAUAGUAUUUAUCAUGAUACCUCAUAUGAACCAAAGCAUGUUAAACGAGAUGAAGAAAAAUCCAUGUACGCGUACAGAGGCAAUUCAAUUCAUAAACAACACAUCAACGGAAAUGUUUUAUCAUCAACCGAAAAUGUUUACGCCAUUUUCCCAACGUUUCGGGAUAAAUUUGAGCAAUACGAAUCCAGUACGGAGGGUGUUACAUACACAGAAAAUAUAUUAAAUUACCUUAAUAAUGGAGAUGUUGGCACAAUUUCUGGAAAUGAUGACAAAGAUAUACAGGAUAACUUUGAAAAUCUGACAAUUACAAAUGCAAGUUUUGAAUUAGACAUUACGCCAGUCAUCCCAACAAAUGGUUCAUUAGAACCACGUGAGUUUGAUGAUAUUACCAGCAGUGACUACAGUACAGAACUGGAAAUGUUUACAUCAACCAUUACGGACUCCAGUGCAUCAACUAUCUCGUUAAAUUAUGUGUCUAAUUCGUACGGCAGUGUUGUCUCCACCGAAAGUAAUUUAAACAUUGUGCAAAGUGUAAGUGAGGUAUCUAAUUUGACCGACACAACAUGGCCAGUUCGACAUUCAGCUGUUGUUGAAGGUGAUUUAAUAUUAGGUGGAUUAAUGAUGGUACACUCUCGCGAGGACACUAUUACAUGUGGACCAAUAAUGCCGCAAGGGGGCGUACAAGCGCUAGAGGCAAUGUUAUUUACGAUAGACCGGAUCAAUGAAAUCGGUUUAUUGCCUAAUAUUAAAUUGGGUGCGCACAUUUUAGAUGACUGUGACAAAGAUACCUACGGGCUGGAAAUGGCUGUGGAUUUUAUCAAAGGUUCUAUCAGCAAUAUUGAUGGAGCUGAAUACCAUUGCAAUAAAACACAAGUGAGGAAAGUUAUAUCUGGUGUGGUUGGUGCUGCCUCAUCGGUUACGAGCAUUCAAGUUGCGAAUUUAUUAAGACUAUUUCGCAUACCACAGGUUUCGUUUUUCUCAACCAGCCCCGAGUUAAGUAACAAACAGCGUUUCGAAUAUUUUUCACGAACGAUUCCAUCCGAUCAUUACCAGGUGAAGGCAAUGGUGGAUAUUGUUAGACGCAUGGGAUGGAGCUACAUAUCAAUAAUAUAUGAAGAGAGUAAUUACGGAAUUAAGGCAUUCGAAGAAUUGGAGGACCUCUUGGCAAAGCACGAUAUUUGUAUUGCGGUGAAGGAAAAAUUGGUGAAAGAUUCUGGGGUGGCAGAGGAGAUCGCAUACGACCACAUUGUUCAGAAGUUGCUAACAAAACCACGAGCACGAGGUGCUAUUAUAUUCGGAUCCGAUCAGGAAGUACGUGAAGUUAUGCUGGCUGUGCGACGAAACAAUGCAACAGGUGCUUUUUCGUGGAUUGGUUCAGAUGGGUGGAGCGCACGUAAUUUAGUUUCAGAUGGUAACGAGCCAGAGGUAGAGGGCACGUUAUCGGUACAACCUCAAGCGAAUCCGGUUAUGGGUUUUGAAAAGCAUUUUCUUGGGCUGACGGUGGAGAAUAACCAGAGAAAUCCUUGGUUUGUGGAAUUCUGGGAGGACCAUUUCAAAUGCCGUUAUCCGAACAGUUCGCUGACGCCGUACAAUAAAAAAUAUACCAAACAAUGCACGACCAAAGAAAAAUUAUCAAAGGAUGCAACUGCAUUUGAAGACCAAUUACAAUUCGUCAGUGAUGCUGUAAUGGCAUUUGCAUAUGCACUAAGCGACAUGCACAAAGCUUUAUGCAAAGGACGCCCGGGGCUAUGCGAUGCAAUGAAACCAACAAAAGGGGCUGAUCUGUUAAAAUAUCUACGGAAAGUGAAUUUUGUAGGAUUAAGCGGAGAUAGAUUUCACUUUGAUUCGAAUGGCGAUGGACCGGCACGAUAUAACAUCAUUCAUUUCAAGCAAGUGUCAGCUGGUAACUAUAAGUGGGUUAAAGUUGGAGAGUACAUCGAAGGUGAACUGCGGUUGAAUAUGUCAGAAGUGCAAUUUAAAUUCCAUCAACGGAAACCACCUGAGUCGGUCUGCGCUGAACCAUGUGAACGGGGUCAGGCAAAAAAAUAUGUCGAAGGGGAAAGCUGUUGUUGGCAUUGUUUCAACUGCACUACAUAUCAGAUUCGCCAUAAAACCGACGAAACACAAUGUGUUACAUGUCGGUUGGGCACGAUUCCAGAUCGCAUGAAAGAAAUAUGUGAAGAUAUACCGGAACAGUUUCUACGCCCCGAAUCUGGAUGGGCUAUUGGUGCCAUGGCAUUCAGUUCAACUGGAAUUUUGAUUACGCUGUUUGUAGUUGGUGUCUUCCUGCGUCAUAAUGAAACACCGAUUGUACGAGCGUCCGGUCGUGAAUUGAGCUACGUGCUUCUGGCUGGCAUUCUAAUGUGUUACUCUGUCACUUUUGCGCUGGUUUUACGUCCAACCGACUUUUCGUGUGGCAUUCAGAGAUUUGGAGCCGGAUUUUGUUUUACUGUAGUCUAUGCAGCAUUGCUCACCAAAACAAAUCGUAUUUCGCGAAUUUUUAAACAUGGAAAACAAUCAGCAAAACGGCCAUCAUUUAUCAGCCCGAGAUCGCAAUUGGUUAUUUGCAGUGGACUUACAUCGGUUCAACUGGUUAUCAAUGGCAUUUGGAUGAUUAUAUCACCCGCUUAUGCUAAACAUUACUAUCCAACCAGAGAAGAUAAUCUUCUAAUCUGUGAUUCAUACAUCGAUGCGUCCUACAUGAUAGCAUUUUUCUAUCCGAUUUUACUAAUUGUUGUAUGCACCGUUUAUGCAGUACUAACUCGCAAAAUACCCGAAGCAUUCAAUGAAUCGAAGCACAUAGGCUUUACAAUGUACACAACGUGUGUGAUUUGGUUGGCAUUUGUUCCGCUGUACUUUGGCACUGCAAAUCAUGUUCCAUUGAGAAUAACAUCAAUGUCAGUCACCAUUAGUUUGUCAGCGAGCGUUACUUUAGCCUGCCUGUUUUCGCCAAAGCUGUACAUAAUUUUGAUACGACCCGAAAGGAAUGUGCGACAAAGUAUGAUGCCUGUCCGGUAUAGUGCCAUUAAUAAAACAACUGGAACCGGACCGUCAUCUAUGAUGGCAGCAAUUAUGGUUACAGCAGCUACAUGCAAUCAAAAUGAAAAAAUUGAAAAGCAUGUAACCCCACCAGCAAUUUCGAGUUGUGAUUCACCAUCGAAAAAAGACGAAAAUGGUUCUGUACGCUUCGUAGAGAUUGCCACACAGACCGUCACUUUAACAAAUUUAUUAACAAACUACAAUAAAAGUUUAACCAACUGCCACAACAUACCGUUCGUCGAUAAUCAUCAAAAUAGCAAUGCAGUACCAAACAAUAAAUCGAAUCCAUUGUCGACAAAUUUUGUCGAUAACAACAACAAAUUCCAUAACAAUGCAACAACGGCAUCGACAUCGCCAACAAUAAACAAUUUUAAUGGACAAGUUAGCAAUGCAAAUACAACAACCAAUUCAACUGCAGCAGAGGCUGUCGAUAAUACAAUUGAAUUGCGCUUAUAGCACGAUCCAACUAUUGAACGGUCGGAUAGCGUAAAGUCAGGCAAACGAAUGGCUAUUGCUGUUUGAGUUUUGUAUUUUGAUGAAUCUGACCGGAUCGGUGUAACACACAUAAACUACAUUUAGCUUUAUUAUUUUGUUACAUAAAAUGUACUGGUGAUAUUAGAUAGUUACACAUGCGGUUUGUUUCAAUUUUAGUUUUAAUGUCAUGUACGAUAUCCUAGAUAAAUGAUGAUUAGUACUCGUUGUAGUUCAAGGAAAUGUGUAUUGCUUGUAUAGGCUAAAAGUGUCUUCAAUUCAUUACUAAAGAGGAAAAUAUCCCGUGAAUUUUGCCACAAAAAUCGUAAAGAAUUUCAUAUGCUAGCAGGAGUAUGUGGUACACAACAAUUCCCGCUCGGUUAGCUGGUAAUCAUGUUUGCCUCCCGCUAGCACACGAAAUAAAGCACGAAAUUCCUUCCAUAUUUACAUAUUAUUAUGAUAUGAAUGGAGUGUAGCCGAAGGCAAAGCGAAAAUGUAAUGCAUCUGCUCUU